GCGACGUCGACGUAUCGCAAUCGCGUGCAGCCUACGACUGUUCCCGAUUUCCGUGGCGUUCUCUCUAAAAAACCCCGUAAAUCGCGACGUGUAGUUACGCGUGAACGCGAGGAUUCGUGGGUCCGAUCUUGGGGCCGGAAUUACCAGCCCACGGUACAUCGAUGGAUCCCGGUGACAUCGUUGGAAUGCAAUCGAUCCGGUCGGAGCCCUCUUCGAUCUGACAGAUCGCUAUGCCAUGAUGAAUGCCACGGGCAGCAAGAACGCUGUGAACGGCAACGAGACGAUCCCAGGCAAGACGAGCCCGCACGGCAACAGCGUCGCCCGUCUCCAGAGCGUGAUCGGCAAGCAGAGCAGCUGCGUGCGCAAGAUGAGCACGAUGCCGGAGGAGGAGGACGCAGGGGACGACGUGGAUCCUGACCCGACCAGAUCAGGACACCACCAACAUCAUCACCACGACACCGACUCGGAUUCCCCGUCGGAGGAACGAGGACGCCUGCUCUCCGUGCAAGAGCCAUCCCGAAGGAUCACCAUAGCGCCCUGCAACGGCCUGAAAAAGACCAUCCCUCGAACGGACAGCAGCAGCAGCAGCAUCCACGAGAAGUCCCAUCGAUUGCAACAGUUGAAACCGAGGGAUCAAGAGCCACGAGGAGUGCUCAGAUUCAACAGAGGAAUCGACUCGCAGAGCGGACGGUACCGUUGCUCGAGCGUCCGCUCCGUCAGGUCUAAUCCGACGAUGGACGACCAUCAGCAUCACCAGUAUCAUCCUCCAGCGGCCAGCUGGGCCUCCAUUGUCUUCGCCGAUGGGAACGCGCAACCUCACGUCCGGGCGUUCCCCGAUUCCGUCUCUAUACGUUCUCUAGCAUCGAUCGGCAUGGGCUCUUCCGACGGCCGGAAGCUCACGAUACGUAGAGUUCCCACAUCGCCGUCGGAGCUGCUUAACAUGGUACAUCCGCCGCCAUCAUUCGAGGACGAUCUAUCGGUGUGCACGAGCCUGGACGAUGCAGAUGCAGAAGACCUCGGGGAUUACAGGCAACCCAGACGACCACACUGGGCCAACAAAGUCCAAUUUGUCCUUGCUUGUAUCGGUUACUCCGUGGGCCUGGGCAAUGUUUGGAGGUUCCCUUAUCUGUGCUACAAAAGUGGCGGUGGUGUGUUCUUGAUACCUUACUUCUUAAUACUUAUCGUAUGUGGAGUACCGUUGUUGUACAUGGAACUUAGUAUUGGGCAAUUCACUCGACGUGGACCGAUCGGUGCACUCGGUCAAAUUUGUCCCUUGUUCAAAGGAGCCGGCUUGUCAUCGGUGGUAAUAUCGUUUUUGAUGUCGACCUACCAUAAUGUGAUAAUAGCUUACGCUAUAUAUUAUUUCUUUGCCGCGUUCAGAGCAAAGCAACCUUGGUCCGACUGCGACCACUCGUGGAACACGUUAGCCUGCUGGCUACCCACCUACAAUUUCAUCGACAAUCGAACACGUCCAAACGCUUCCAGAACGCCAUCGGAAGAAUUUUUUGACAACAAGGUACUCCAGAUCAGUAAAGGGAUCGAAGAGUCAGGAGCACUAAGAUGGGAGCUAGUCGCGUGUUUGAUCACCGCCUGGAUCCUCGUGUACUUCUCCGUAUGGAAGUCCAUAAAAUCGUCAGCGCAAGUCAGAUACAUCACCGCAACCCUGCCGUUCCUUUUAAUCGUCGUCUUCCUGGCACGAUCCCUCACCCUCGAAGGCGCCGACAAGGGCCUACAAUUCUUCUUUCAUCCCCGCUGGGAGCUCCUCGGCGACGCGAAAGUAUGGAUCAACGCGGCGGCCCAAAUCUUCAAUUCCGUGGGCAUAGCGUUCGGCUCGAUGAUAUGUUUCGCGAGUUACAACAAGUUCCACAACACCAUCCUCGUGGAUAGUGUUGCAGUCUCGCUUAUAAACGCAUUUAGUAGCCUGCUGGUUGGAAUAUUCUCGUUCGCGACGAUCGGUAACAUCGCUGUGGAGCAGAAUAUGUCCGUCGAGGCUGUUUUGACUGAUGGACCUGGUUUGGUGUUCGUCGUCUACCCUCAAGCGCUAGCCAAGAUGCCAGCGUCGCAGCUCUGGGCAGUAUUAUUUUUCUUUAUGCUAGUCUGCCUCUCUUUGAACAGUCAGUUCGCUAUAGUGGAGGUGGUUGUGACUUCGAUCCAAGAUGGCUUCCCUCGAUGGGUGAAACGUCAUCUCGUGUGCCACGAAAUGCUGGUCCUCUUAGUAUGCGCCAUAUCGUUUCUGUUUGGUCUGCCCAACAUCACUCAGGGUGGUAUUUACUUCUUCCAACUGAUAGAUCACUACGCAGCCUCGAUAUCGAUCAUGUUUCUAGCCUUCUUCGAGGUGAUAGCGAUAUCCUGGUUUUACGGUGUGAGACGGCUGUCGAACAAUGUGAAGGAAAUGACUGGUCGAGUGCCGUCAGUGUACUUCCGGUUUUGCUGGCUCGUCGCGGCGCCUCUGCUGAUUAUGGCUGUGUGGGUGUUUAGUUUAAUCGAUUACGAACCACCUACUUAUCGAAACGGGGAGUACGAGUACCCAUGGUGGGCAGAGGCGAUUGGAUGGGGAAUAUCAUCUCUCUCCCUCAUUUGCAUCCCCGCUUUCGCCAUCUACGAGUUCGUCAAAGCGAACGGUGACACUUGCUCGGAGAAAUUUCGAAACGCCAUCAAGCCUCAUUUCGAAGCGUGCAAGAUCUGUGGCCAGGAAUACUGCACCGAGCCUAUUCACAAUUACGAGGAUGAGAUUGUCAAGGAGCUUCAACACGAUACCAACACCCCGAUACAACUUAACACCAGUAUUCUUUUACCGAAACCUCAGACAUGAUCCAGAGAAGCAACGAAGAUCGAAAUCUCGCGUACCAUUAAACGUACAGCGUGUUUUUAAUAGCAAGUUUAGAGUGAAGUCUGAACGUGUGGCGAACCGUAAUCCCACUUGCAAGAGUUUCUUUUCUCGUGUCUUCCUUUUUCCCAAUUAUACUCUUGCAAGUAGGAAUAUGACAUAAGUGUCUGAUCGAGAAUUCUGAGACUCCAAUUUCGAAAUUGAAAGGCCUUGUGACCGGUGCAGUGCAUCACUUUUUAAAAAGAACUGUACUCUGUACUGAACCGAAUCUCUCUAAUGAAAAUGAAUAUUUGUGAGUCAGUGUACAGAUCGACAUUAAUUCUCGUUACGUAAUAUUAACACAUUACCGACCGAUAGCCUAUUAAUCGACUUUUUUACCGACCAACAUUUACCGACCGAUAAAACAGUUGAUUAAUAUCGGUCGGUAAGCGUUGGCCGGUAAAACAGUCGAUUAAUAGGCUACCGGUCGGUAAAGUGUUAAAAAUAGAACUGUACGACUCGAAAUUGAUAUUAUAUCAUGCUGUAAACCUUACAGGUUGAAGGUAGAAGAUAGUUAAACGCACUGCAAUUAACAAUCGCUGUACCAUAUAGACGACGAUAAGUAGAAACGAGUACAAAUGCUAACAUUAACACAUUAUCACAAUUUAUACAAUUUAUCAAGUAAGUAGCGACGAUGGUAGACGGCCGUAGGGGUAAAAGAACGAAUAAUUAUCGCAUAAAAUAGCAAAACACCGUACAAAGCCAAAUUGUCAGUAAUAGAAGCGUGUUAAGCAC